AUGGAGGUGCAGGAUGGCCCUAACGAGGAUGGGGAGAUGUUCAUGCGGCCAGGGAAGCUGUCUGAUUACUUCCCCAAGCCCUACCCCAACCCUGAGGCUGCCCGAGCAGCCAACAAUGGGGCCCUGCCCCCUGACCUCAGUUAUGUCGUGAGAGCCAGGCACGGCGGUGAGGACUAUGUCUUCUCGCUGCUCACGGGCUACUGCGAGCCACCCACCGGAGUGUCACUUCGAGAAGGCCUGUACUUCAACCCCUACUUCCCAGGCCAGGCCAUUGGCAUGGCUCCCCCGAUCUAUAAUGAAGUGCUGGAGUUUGAUGACGGCACCCCGGCCACCAUGUCUCAGGUGGCCAAGGAUGUGUGCACCUUCCUGCGCUGGGCAUCUGAGCCAGAGCAUGACCAUCGGAAGCGCAUGGGGCUCAAGAUGCUGAUGAUAAUGGGCUUGCUGCUGCCCCUGGUAUACGCCAUGAAGCGGCACAAGUGGUCAGUCCUGAAGAGUCGAAAGUUGGCCUAUCGGCCACCCAAGUGAUCCUCCUGAACACUUGCUGCCAUCGCCUGCACAGGCCCUUGUGCCCAGGAGCCACAUUAGGCCUGGUACGGCCUCGGCUAGUCCGCUCACCCAACUGCUCUGCCUCUGGGACAAGAGGGGAGGGGGCGGAGACCAGGCCCAAGCUCCAGUCCCCUGGCUCCGUCAUGGGAAUAAAUUAAGUUUCUCCACA